AUGGUUUUAAUUGAUGCAUCGGGUACAUCUGGAGAGUUGAGUGAGUCACGAGAGGAAAAAAACUAUUUGGAAAAACCAUCGCUGCCGACUUAUGGUGGCAGCAUGGAACGUGAUCUUCACCAACGAGAUCGGGUUGGUGUUCAGGAUUUUGUGCUUCUUGAAGAUUUUCAAAAUGAGCAGGCUUUUAUUGAAAAUUUGAAAAAAAGAUUUCGAGAAAAUCUUAUUUAUACAUACAUCGGACAAGUAUUAGUAUCAGUGAACCCAUACAAAUGGCUACCGAUUUACGAUACAAGCACUAUUGAAUAUUAUGAGCGGAGAAAUUUUUUUGAAGCACCACCGCACAUAUUUGCGCUGGCUGAUACGGCUUAUCGCGCGUUGACGAAAGAAAAUCGGGACCAGUGUAUUUUGAUAUCAGGAGAAUCCGGUUCCGGCAAAACAGAAGCGUCUAAAAAGGUGCUAGAGUUUAUUGCCGCAGCAACUGGCCACAAAAAGCAAGUCGAGGCUGUUAAUGUUAAAUUGAUCGGCAGCAAUCCUGUGCUAGAGGCUCCCCAAACUAUGCAUAGUGUUCUCGCCGGUGCCAGCGACUCCACCCUCCACAAACUCUUCCUAAAGCGCAACCUGGAUACCUAUUACUACCUAAGCAACGGCACAAAAGGUUCCGUGGACACAAUCGACGACGUCACUCAAUACAACCGCGUAAUAGAAGCAAUGGAGACCGUAGAACUGACCCAACAAGAGCAAGACGACAUCUUUUCAAUAGUAGCCUCAAUUUUGCACAUGGGCAACGUGGGCUUCACCGAAGAAGAAGGCCAAGCGAAGAUUCUCAAGCCGGCUUCAGUAGAAGCCAUCGCCUCGUUAGUCGGCUGCGACGUCCACCAAUUAGCCAAAGCCUUUACCCAGCGCACCAUAAACGCCCAAGGAGACGUAGUAAUCUCUCCCCUAAACCGCGAGUUGGCUAUCUACGCCCGGGAUGCGCUCGCUAAGGCAGUCUACGACCGCCUGUUCACCUGGCUAGUCGCUCGGCUGAAUAAAUCCCUUCAAUUUGACUCUAAUUACCCUUCGAGGACCAACGUGAUCGGAAUUUUGGACAUCUACGGCUUUGAAAUCUUCCAAAAAAACAGCUUUGAACAAUUCUGCAUAAAUUACUGCAACGAGAAGCUCCAACAAUUGUUCAUACAAUUGACCUUACGCAGCGAGCAGGAGGAAUAUCAACGCGAAGGAAUCACCUGGGAGCACAUUGACUAUUUUAACAACAAAGUAAUCUGCGAUUUAAUUGAAGAAAAGUACAAGGGAAUUAUUUCCCUAAUGGACGAAGAGUGUCUUCGUCCCGGAGAGCCGACGGAUCUUAGCUUUUUAGAUAAGUUAAAUUGUAAUUUAAGUAAUCACAAUCAUUACAUCAGCCACCAGAAGGCUGAUAUUCAAACCCAAAAAAUUAUGGGGAGAGAUGAGUUCAGAUUAAUCCACUACGCCGGCAAUGUUACUUACAAUGUUCGCGGAUUUUUGGAAAAAAAUAAUGACCUGCUUUUUAGAGAUCUCCGGGAGGUCAUGUCGCAUACUAGUAAUUCAAUUACAAGGACGAUUUUUGAUGUUAAAGAUUUGAAGAGCAAAAAAAGGCCAGAUACUGCUGUUACGCAGUUUAAAAAUAGUCUGAAUAAUUUAGUGGAUAUUUUAAUGGGAAAAGAGCCGUCUUAUAUUAGAUGCAUUAAACCAAAUGAUUUUAAAAUCUCGGGGCAGUUUAAUGAAAAAAUUGUCUCGCAUCAGGUUAAAUAUUUGGGCCUGAUGGAAAAUUUGAGGGUCAGAAGAGCUGGAUUUGCUUACAGGAGACCUUAUGAGCAGUUUUUGCAGAGGUAUAAAUCACUUUGUGAUAAAACUUGGCCGAGUUUUGGAGGAAGUGCUAAGGAAGGUGUCCAAAUUUUGGUGGACAGUUUGGGCUAUGAGGAUAAUGAAUACCAAAUGGGGAAUACUAAGCUGUUUAUUCGCUUCCCGAAGACGCUGUUUGAUACUGAGGAUAAUUUUCAGAAAAAAAAGAAUGACAUUGCGGCGAUUAUUCAGAGCAAGUGGAAGGGCAGGAAGCAACGGAGGGAAUUUUUGAGGAUGAAGAAAGCUGCAAUUGUUCUUGAGAAGUAUGUUAGAAGGUGGAGGGCUAAAAGAGAGGCUAAAAGAAGGCGCGAAGCUGUGGAUACGUUGAAGAAAUUUAUUAAAGGGUUUAUUACUAGGAAUGACCCGCCGAAUGAUGUGAAUGUCGCUUUUAUUGAACUGGCCAAGGCUCAGUGGUUGGUUAGGUUGAGUAAGAGUCUACCGGAGGGGGUGCUUAAUAAUUACUGGCCGGCUUGUCCUCAUGCUUGUAAGGAAGCUUCGGAGUAUUUGAGGGAGGUGUAUAGAGUGUGGAAGGCCAGGAAGUAUUGUCUGGGGUUGAGUAAAGAGGACAAGGAGCAGUUUGAGCUGAAGGUACUUGCAGAGAAGUUGUUUAAGGAUAAGAAGAAGUCUUAUUUGAAGAGUGUCGGGCCCAGGUUUUUGAACGAGAGGCUGGGGGAGGAGUUCAGGGGGGUUAAACAGAGUUUUGGGGGGAUUGGGGGGGAGGAGAGGGUGGAGUAUGCUACUCCGGUGGUUAAGUAUGAUCGCCAUGGGUAUAAGCCGAGGGAGAGGAUCUUGGUUCUUACUGGGAAGGCGGUUUAUAUUUUGGAUACUGCCAAGAGUUUUAAGCUUAAACAUCGGCUGCCUUAUGAGAAUAUUCUGGAGAUUGUUGUUACUGGGGAGUCUGAUAAUUUAAUGAUUGUUAGGAUUCCGCCGGAACUUAAAAAAGAUAAGGGUGAUUUAAUUCUUGAGGUACCACAUAUUAUUGAGGCUAUUACACGAGCUAUUAGUAUUACCAAUAAUCCAAGGAUAUUAAAUAUUGUUGCUUCACCAUAA